GUAUAGAUAUUUAAUUGUGUAAUAGAGCUCCAUUCCCAAAGAGAUAAGAAAGGAUUUCCUCUUUCAUGGGAGUGCCUCUUAUAUUAAAUCCUCCCAUUGGCUGUUGCGUCCAAUGACCUCGACCUUUUUUUUUUCUUAUCUCACGUUUGAAAACGUCUGCUAGGAAUGUCAAACAAAAAAAUUCAACUAUUAUUCCAUUGAAAGAAAAUAAAAUCAGAAUGCACUGUAGAACUCAAUUGAUCUAUUGACUUUAAGGCUAUGUGUUUGUAAGACUAUCAAGGCACUGCACUGAACGCGUCCCCUUUAUUCUGGUCCGAAUACCUAUUUUGAAAUUCAGAUUUAGAAAUCUUGACAAACUUUGGAAAAUAUACAUGUUUCUGAAUUCUUUUAUUCCUUCAUUUUACCUUAUCUUGAGCAGGACUAUAAACAUAGCCGCAAGUCUCGACUUGUAAAUACUCGCACUAAAGUGACCAGAUUUUUUUAGGCCGUCAGCAGAGAUAAGAAAACCACUUCUUUAUUUCAAAAAAAAAUAAAGAAUGAAAGACUCACAGUAAAGUGGGCCCUCUUGUCAUGCGAUAGAACUACUAAGUGUUGGCGGCGAUAAUCAGAGCUAUGUGUGAGCCGAAUGCUGUAAAACAAUGACACCAUUAGUCAAAGAGCUCCUCCUUGUCAACAGAUUGCAUGUCUAUCUGGCACAUUAUUUCACUCUGACCAGUUGGCAGUUCCCAUUGUCUAGCUCAAGUCUUAGCACUUUAGGAAGCAUUGCAAACUGUGACAACACGUCUGUAACGAAAGAGUUUGCCGAGGGUGAGGCCAUACAGUUCUGCUGUACGCUUGCACCUGCACAAUGCAACAUGAUGACUAUUAACGACACUCUAUUCGUUGCGCCCUUUGACUGCAGCCGUAAUGUUCCGGAGCAUCAGGAAAGGUUGAAUACGUGUUCCGUGAAGUUUAAUAAACUCAAUGCGACCAUCUCUGACACUGGGUUUUAUAAAUGUUGCAACAGAAUGUCCCCCAAUGUGCCAGCAUUGUCAGUUGUGAAGCUGUAUGUAAUCAACAAACCUAAGCCUCCAGUAAUUGUGGACUUCAUUUGCUCGGACCAGAUGGACAUUGAGGUGUGGCUGGACACAGUUGAACUAGAUGAGACUUGGACGGAUUCAUACAACAUCACAAUACUCGAUAGGUCAAGAGGCAAUCAAACACUAUGUAGCACUACCUGCACAGACGCACCCGAGCCAAGAAUGAGGACAUGCUUCUGUCAAGGCUCCGGGAGUUCUCUCCCCAGCUUCAGGAAUGUCACCCUUGUGGUUGAAGUCUCGAGAUCAUUCCAGAGAGUCCAGACUGAGACAGAGCUGAACCUUGCACAGCAUAUUCGACCAAGUGCCGUGUCAGGACUGGACAUUCUGAACACAAGCCAGUCUGAGCUUCUGCUGGUGAUACAACACAACUACGACACCCAGAGAAUGUUUUCAUGGAUGACCCUGGCGGACAGGCCGUUUCAUUAUGAAAUCACAUUGACCAGCAUAGUUGACCUCUCACAAAGUGUACAGAUACAAGUCCCAUGCCCAGAGACUAGCCCCAAAGAAACAAUGGUAGGGGUAAGAGUUCAAAACAUGUCGUCUUUUACCAGCUACAACGUCACUGUGCGUGGUGUUGGUGGUGGCGGAGCUGGCCGGGCUGUGUCCAGAGUGUUUCGUACAGACAAGUCAGUUCCAGCCCACCCUCCAAAAGACUUGCUCUUCUCCAGAGUCCCAACCCACAACAAGAACCAGUCAUGUGUUACAAUCUACUGGCAGCCAUUACCAUUGUCUUCAAGGGGAGGCAAUAAUGUGACGUACUUGAUCAGUCUCAUGUCAAGGAUUAAACAAGAUUUGGAAGCGACAUAUGUGACAUUUGGACCCGCUUUCCAGAGUUGUGAAAUGACGUGGGAUCCUCUUGUGUUUAAGGUUUGGUCAGUCAACGAAAUGGGACGGUCCAAGGCUUUCUCGGAAAUAUUGAUUCCACGUGACAAAGAUUCUUCCAAACCUCAAAUGCUGGUUGAAUUUGAUGGCUCUCUAGUUCAUAUUAUUAUCCGGCUUCCUGAAGUACCUUAUAUAAAGAGUCUGGCUGUUUAUAUAUGCGACGCCAGGGCGGAUUCAACUUCAGACAUGUGUAAUGGAUACCCAAAGCACAUCGUUCGAUAUCCCGUGGGCCCCUCCAAUACAACCAACAGAAAUAUCUCCUUGACGCUACGCCUUUCUAAAAAUGACGUCAUCGGCUCGCAGACUUCAAACUACGUCACGGAAGUACAGUUCUAUGACAUGAAAAACUUGACCACGAAAUUGACGAACCCGAAAACGGCCGUGGGUAAUACGACCUUGACCUGGCAAGACUCGACGCAAAUCAUGAACACAGUAAACGUGGGGGAGGUACCUUGCGAGGACGUGGCCGAUGGAGGAAAUACAACCUACGAGUCGGAUCGGGAAGAUCCGAUUGUAUUUUUAUCUUUGAAUGAAAAUGACACUUGGACGGCAAUGAGUCCUGCAGAUAGUUACUACAAUAGUCGUUACAGAGGAGCUGAUUUAAUCCUAAAGCAGUUCCAGAAAAACAACGAUCAGAUUUUUCUCAACAUUUCUCAGCAAUUUCAUCCCAAAGUAGCAAAGUCUUUUUUGUCGAGUGCAUUUCAAGUCUAUUCUUCUCUAGACGAGUCUUGCAGUAAAGAUGAUCGUUUCGUCCUUCAGGUAGAGAAUCCUAGGCACAGUGCUGCAACGGUGGAGCUUCCACCUGGACUGCAGUAUGUGUGUGUCGUGGGUCUAAGCAGAUGUAAACGCUUUGGGUCAGAGCCUACCCUUUACAAGGUUACUUAUGGUCUCGAUAAAGAAACGAUCAAGGGAGCUUAUGUGGUCAUUAUUGUAGUCAGCCUUUUGACUGCAAUAGUAGUUGUCUCCAUUUUGGCAUGGUUUAUAUGGAAAUGUUAUCAGAGGCGGAGAAAGUGGUCGCUUUACAAAGAGACCGAUCAAAGCUCAAACGAGUUAAAUGAAACUGAUAGCUGUCAGACAGACACUUCUAGUCACAGCAGAAGCAUAGACUCGAAUGAUACAAACAAUGCUUCAACAGCUGACCAGCGUCCAGUAAAUGACAACUUAGACAUUGGUGAGACGAGUGAUCCAGGUGGACACAUGUCUUACGUAGUUAUGAACCAUACUUCUGAUCACAGCUCAACAAAUGAUCCCAGAAAGAGUUUAUUACCUGGCCCAAGCAGAAGGAGGUCAAAAACUAGUUCUAAUUCUGACGCUCAACCGGACAGAGCAAAUAUAGAGCAAAUUGUGUUAGACCAAACAUUUUGGGAUACAAUCGGCGCCGACACAAUGAACACCAACAAUAGCAGCAACAACAAAGAGGACCCCACCACCACCAGCAACAACAGCACCUUUGAUGACCAAAUCAGGACUAACACAAUAAACUUUCACAGCAACAGCAACUACACAGCGGACACUACCAUCAGCAGCUCAAUCCACAAGAGCAACACCACCGCCAUCAGUAACACAAUCGCCACUAAUUACGUGGAUCAAUGCAACAACAACCCAAUCUACAACCACUGCAUACUUGAUGACAGAAGCUCAACUCAUGAAAAUGAAUUAUCAAAUUGUUCGCAGAACAGCACUAGAACCUCUGCUUCGUCAACUGGGUCCAGCGAAUCUCACUCUAGUGCUGAGAGGGUUUCAAACUGUUCGGACCAAGUAGAAACUUGUCUUAAUUACUAUGGACAAUGUACAUUUCAUUAUGAUAAAGAAAAUUUUACGUAGCCAUGUUGUAUAGAUGACUAUUGUGGCUACUAAGACUAAGACUAAGACUGCUUUAUUGAUCCUUACGGAAAUUUGUUGUGAUUACAAGGACUCGUUUCUCAUAUAAAGACAACACAACAGAAAAAUUGACAACAGUAUAUCAGACUAAUACUAAGAAAGCAAUGGAUGCAUUAACAACUUUUAAUGUUUAAAAAGACUUUAGUCAAUUUACAUAUAUUUCAGUUCAUUCAAUGUUCUAACAUAACUAGAAUGAAAAUUAUUUCUUUUUGUUCAUUAAAAAGGUUAACUAUGUUAACUACUAUUAUAUGGAAACAUUUAGAUAACAAUUUUUUGAAGCACCACUAAAGAAAUUAAAUGAAGGGCCAUUGAGCAAGGUAGUUAGGUGGCCAUUUCACGAGGCCUAACACACUAUACCCUGAAGUAACUACUAUUUCCCACUUUAAGCCAUUCAUAGUGUCAAAUCUAUACAAUAAUCAUUAUUGUACAGUUGUCUGGCCCAUUAACAAUAGCGACUUUCAUGUCUUUUCGCCACCAUGGCUCUGUAGUAGUCCUAGAUCUACAUCUGUUGGUCUAAGUGUGUUUAUGUCCCUUGACAGGAGUUGUCUUUCUAGAUGCUGAAAACAAACAUUCGGGCUUUAGAUAGCAUCACAACAGUUUACAAAAAAAAAAACUUUAAAAAAAAAAAACCACCAAAGUUUAUCUAAGGGACAUCUCUCAGUACUGUAAGAUAUAUUACCUUUUUUCGAUAUAAAACAUAAUUAAUCGAUAUGUACUACUUAAAUUAACUUUUUUUUCUCACUGAUUCGUGUUUAGUUAGGAACUAUAAAUAAUUGUGCGUAGAAAGAGAAAUUUGAGAGAAGACUUCUUUGAAAUUUGUAGCAGACAAACGUAAGACUAACGGAGUGAAUUGAUAGAAGUUUGGUAGAAAAAAAUAAUAAUUUAAUGCCAUCCUCUAGAUCAGUGGUUCCCAAACUUUUCCUUAACGGAACACUUUGCGCAUUCGGAGUAGGCCUAUUUAGCGGAACAAUUUGCUUACUUUUUUAGAAAGAUUAUUUCACGAGGUGACCUAAUAGUUAAAUAUUCCAGUAGUUCUUGGAACACCUAUUCAGGCCUCGCUUAGCACCAGGGUUCCGCGGAACACAGUUUGGGAAACACUGCUCAAAAUAAAUCCUUCUAUUUUUUCAAUGUCGCAUUAUUUUUUUUGGAAAAAAUACAGUUACAUUAUGGGAAUCGAAAAAGACAAAUGGUUGGACAAUCUUGUACAAUGAAAUUGUUUAUUCUCUGCCUAUGUCUUUCAUAUAUUUUGCAUCAUUUAUGUAGCUAUAUGUGUUCCAACGCAUUAGAGAAAAAAGAGGUAACCAACUUUUGCAUUAAUACAGAAUUGUAUCAACAAGCAAGGUAUAGACACGUUCCACGAGAAGCCUAAUCCUGCACGAUACUGCUGUAGCUGUUUGUUCAGUCUAUGUUGUUCUUAUCAGAGUCAUGUUACAAUUGUAGGCAAAAAAGCACGACUAUCGUGUGAAACAUUUACAUAGAUGACAAUUAAUGUGGUCUUGUUAACUAACCGAGAGUGGGUGUGUACAUUAAACUGUGUGUGUGUGUGCGUGUGUAUGGGUGUGCAUAGGCGGCAUUAUAUAAUGAAGCGUGUUUGUUGCUCUAGUUUCUUUGUUGAUGUUUCGAUAUUUGUGAGAGAUAGCCUUAAAGUCCAAACUGAGUUCUGCUUGUAAAUUAUCACUGCUUGAUCUGGUAGUAUGCACUUAGAACUUUGGACAGGUUGAUUCCAAGUUCGCGAGUCGUCUGCAGUAAAGUUCUCAAACUGUCGUCCGCGGACCCCCCCCCCCCCCCCAGGCGUCUACGAGACGAUCGCAAGGGGUCUGCAGAAAGAUGACAAUUACAUAAAAUUAAAAAAAAAACAACUUCUUCUCUAAAAGCCAGUCUAUCCGAUUAUAUAAUUUUAAUAAUAAUGAACUAGCCCCUUCACUAUUGUCUAUUACGUACUGUUCUAUGACAUUCGUCUUGACGAAAUUUCUGCUUGGGUGUUAGUCUAAUUAUGCGAAGCUAGAUUUCAAACACAGAUGAAUCUUUGCCAAUACAAGGAACAUUUUAUUGCUAUCCACGACUGAAGAACACAAAACCCAAGGUUUGAAGAAGGAUAGAACAAUUGCUGGCUACACGUUGUAUUCAGAGCUGUGUUGUAUAUUACUAAAAUUGUUGACUGCUUUCUUGUUCUCUUAUUGUGUAGCACGUGGUUUUAGUGCCAUAACAAAACUCGUCCGUCACAACUAAAAGAAAGCGACGAGAAUGUUGUGCUCUUUGAGAUUUGCUGUUGCUAUUUACAAAUAUAGAGCCAGAUAUAUAUACACUCAUAAAAUCUCAACAGCUUUAUCCAAGUAAUUAAAAUUUAUUUUUUAAAAAACAAAAGUAAUAGUUCUAUUGAACACUACUUGAACCCUUUUUUUUUUUUUUUUUUUUUACAUUUGCGAUUCCUGUACAUUGUUGUAGUUUUUCUCUUAUGGUCCGUGGGCCAGUUUUAUAUAUUAUAGUUGUAAUCAGAUUUUGAGAACCUUUUGUCUAGUCAUUAUCCUGUUGCGCUGUUGGGCCAGGAUUUUUUAAAAGUCUUUUAUUUUAUUAGGAACAUAAGAAACUUACAAUCUCCAUAAUUUUAACACAGCCUAUUUGCGAUUUCGUUCUUGUGGUAACUUUCUCUGAGGUAGCUAACCUUACUUCGAGGUGAAUGACUUUUAAGGAGUUUGUAACAAGGGUUAAACUUAAAAAGAAAUAGUUUGUAUGUUAGUAUAGUUCAUUCAUUCUCUUAGCCGCUGAUGUAAAGACAUUUCUCUACACUUUGUUUGACAUGUCAUUUUCGUCCGUCCUCAUUUGCAAUAUUUUAACUGCCUUUGAAUAAAAAUUUGUUACA